AUGUUACUGAGCACAUUUAUCUUUUCAGGAAAGAAUGGAACAGAAAAUUACACAUGGAUAAACCAGGCAAUGCCUUGGACAAAAGCUCAGCAUUACUGCAGAGAGCAUUAUACUGACUUGGCCAGUGUGAGAAAUCCAACAGAUAAUCAAAGAAUCUUAAACCUCACAAGUGGCCUUGCUGCUUGGAUUGGUUUAUACAGGACCAGACUCUGGUCAGACAAACAGGUAUCCACAUAUGAAAAUUGGAGACCAGCCACCUAUCAACAGCCAGACAAUGGUUUUUAUGCAGAGUUGGAAUAUGGUAAGCAGCACUGCACUGCUGUCUCAUUCAGAGACUCAGGUCAUUGGACAGAUGAGGACUGCUUAUCCACCUUCCCUUUUAUCUGCUAUAACAAAUUCUGCACAGGAUCAUCAUGCACCCUCCAUCAGUACCACUUUGUGAAUGAGAAUAAGACCUGGACUGAAGCACAGAGAUACUGCAGAGAGAAUUACACUGACCUGGCUACUAUUGAAAACACAGAGGAAAUGAACACACUAUUUAACACAGUAAAUGGCAGCUACUCAGGUUUAGCCUGGAUUGGACUGUAUGAUGAUGAGGACAGUUGGAGAUGGUCUCUGGAUGAUGAUGCUUUCUACCAGGAGGGAGAGAGAGACUUCAGAGGAUGGGAACGUCAACCUGAUAACUACAAAGGAAACGAGAUGUGUGUUUCCAUGUGGAAGGAUGUGGGGUGGUUUGACAAGCCUUGUACUGACAGAAAAUCAUUUGUUUGCUAUAAUGGUAAGAAUAACACAUAUAUGAUGAUUUAUGAUGAAAAGACUUGGGAAGAAGCUCAGAGCUUUUGCAGAGUGAGAUACACAGACCUGGCCAGUGUGAGAAAUCAGAAUGAACUUCAGAAAAUAAUGAGCAUCGUGACUGUGUAUGAGGUAUGGAUAGGUUUGUAUAGAAACCGAUUAUGGUCAGAUCAGAGCAACUCAACCUUUACAUAUUGGAGACCAGAGAGUCCAGAACCUACAGCAGAGCCGGACAAUGGGGUGAAUUCAUUUGGACAAAGAGGAAGCCAACACUGUACAGCUGUGGAUCAUCUUGGCCAGUGGACAGAUGAAAACUGUUUUGCCAGAUUCCCUUUUAUCUGCUACUGGUGA